UAGUUCCGACAAGAUACUGAGCCUAAAGAGACUUACACUCCCUGAAGCACCACUACAUCUGAUAAGAGAAAGCAAUGAGGACAUCCGAAAAGCGCCGGAUCCCGCGGUCCCUCUCAGAGAAGGGGCGACAAACAGAGUCCCACUUAACCCAGCGGAUCUGUCUCCCUCUCCAAGAGCCCUCCCCAUGCACUCAGAAAUAACGAGCCAAGAUAUGAUCAAGCUAGUGAAUAGGAGAUCACCAGGGAGGAAUUCGCCCAAGAGGAACGAGCAGAGGAGGGCGUCUCCUCGAAGAGGAGGUAGGGAUGCGAAAUGGGAGAGAAGAGAUGAAUGGCAGAGGAGGCCGAUGGUGUUCGAGAGGCAGAGGUACCACAACUUUACGCCUUUGAGGAAAGAUAUGGCAGAAGUGCUCGAGGCUAUGGAGCAGAAGAUGUCGACUGAGGAUGUGACUUGGCCAAAGACAAGGUUCACCGGUCCGCUUCGACCCAUGUCGGAUUUGUAUUGUCGAUUUCACAAGGAUUACGGCCACACCACGGAGAACUGUCGGCAUUUGAAAGAUGAGAUCGAGAGGCUGAUUCGAGCAGGAUAUUUGAAAGAAUUUGUGUAUCAUGAUAGGGUGAAGGGGAAAGGAAGGAGAAGGUGUAGGGAAGACUCGGAGGAAAGGAGCGAUAGAGAUGAGGAGGGAGAUGGUCGAGACGGUCGAGGAAAGAAGCCAAGGAGAGACGGUGAUAAGGGGGGACAUGGAGGAGAGACCCCGAUGAAGAAAGGAACUAUUUACAUGAUUUCCGGUGGACCAACUGAUGGUGACUCGAAUAGGGCCAGGAAGGAGCAUGCUCGGGCAGUGAAGAGGAAAAGAGAGGAGGUAGGAAUUACGGCUCGCAUGCUGGUGAUAAGUUUUAAGGCGGAGGAUGCCGAAGGAGUGGUCCUGCCACACAAUGAUGCUUUGGUGAUAACUGCGGAGGUCGCAGGCUUUGACGUGAAGAGGGUGUUUAUUGAUACUGGGAGUUCGGUAGAUGUCAUGUUCUAUGAUUGCUUCGUACAGAUUAACAAGGAGCUGAACAUGGAACUGAAGCCAGUAGCCACGACGCUCUAUGGCUUUAAUGGAGGAGAAGUUAUGCCUAUGGGAGAGGUCAGUUUGCCCGUGGCAUUGGGAUCGGGAGAGUUGAGGAAGGUGCGCAUGGUGAGAUUUGUGGUUGUAGGGGCUGAGUCGUCCUAUAACAUCAUCAUGGGGCGGACGAGCUUGAACGCAUUCCAGGCGGUCGUAUCCACGUACCACAUGACGAUCAAAUAUCCGGUCGAUUACGAAUUCCUCGAAGCGAUCAUCUCACUGGGAUCGACUGGCUUGCUCGAUCAUUAUCAUGGUCGAGCGAUGGAUUUCUCGAUCAUGAGUCUGGUCGAGCGAUGGAUUGCUCGAUCAUUAGUCUGGUCGAGCGAUGGAUUGCUCGGUCAUUAUUCUGGUCGAGCGAUGGAUUUCUCGGUCAUUAGUCUGGUCGUUUCCCUGAAUGUUCGAUCUUCCCGCCUUUUGGCUCGGCACCCUCUUGAUUUGACCUUCUCGAACGGCCCAGAAGACCGGUUUAGCUUUAUGUAUAUAAUAUACCAUAUCAGGUUUGGUUCCGUUCGGUUUUUGAUUUUCGCUAAACUGAACGGGGUUUCUCCUGUGGUCGACCUUGGAGUUGUGCGGUAUGCCCAAAGUACAGAGCUCAGCUCAUCGACCCAUGCUCCCGAGGCCUUCUCCAACCUUGUCUUCAGCCUAUUCAGUAUAAUUCGAUUAGUUACCUCGACCUGGCCGUUAGCUUGCGGAUGCGCCAUGGAGGCAAAGUGUUGCUCGAUUUUCAUAUUUUCACACCAUGCUCGAAUCCGCUUCCCAUUGAACUGUGUGCCGUUAUCAGAAAUCAACACUUUGGGCACACCAAACCGACAGCAAAUGUUAUCGUACAUGAAUUUAAUCACUUUCUCCUCU